ACCAUGGAAGAGAUCGACCCAGCUUUCAUUCAAGACCCAGAGCACAGGCCAAUGCUCUCAACCAUCCAAGCCGAAGGCAUUCCCAUAAUAGACCUCUCCCCAAUAACCAAUCACACAGUUACAGACCCAUCUUCCAUAGAAGGCUUAGUGAAGGAGAUAAGGAGUGCAUGCAAGGAGUGGGGCUUCUUCCAAGUAACAAACCAUGGGGUGCCACUAACUCUAAGGCAGAGGAUCGAGAAAGCCUCGAGGAUGUUCUUUGCACAGAGUCUGGAGGAUAAGAGGAAGUUUAGAAGAGACGAGAACAAUCCGAGUGGUUAUCAUGACACGGAACACACCAUGAACUUUAGGGACUGGAAAGAAGUAUUCGAAUUUCUAGGCAAAGAACCCACUUUCAUUCCUAUCACUUCUGAUGAACUUGAUGAUCGACUCACUCAGUUGACUAAUCCAUCCCCUGAAUACCCUCCAAACUUCAGGGUUAUAAUCCAAGAGUAUAUUCAAGAGAUGGAAAAGCUAGCCUUUAAGUUGCUGGAGUUUAUAGCUCUGAGUUUAGGCCUUGAAGCAAAGAGGUUCCAAGAUUUUUUCAUCAAUGAUCAAACUAGCUCUAUUCUACUCAACCACUAUCCUCCAUGUCCUCAUCCCCACCUAGCACUUGGCAUUGGUCCACACAAGGAUGCUACUGCCUUGAGCAUUCUUGCCCAAGAUGAGGUUGGAGGACUUGAAGUGAAACGUAAAACAGAUCAAGAGUGGGUUCGAGUGAAACCCACCCCAGAUGUUUAUAUUAUCAACAUUGGUGAUAUUAUUCAGGUCUGGAGCAAUGACACCUAUGAGAGUGUGGAACACAGAGUGGUGGUUAACUCUGAGAAAGAAAGGUUUUUCAUUCCCUUCUUCUUCAACCCAGCACACGACACCGAAGUCAAGCCUUUGGAGGAGCUGAUAAAUGAGCAAAACCCUUCAAAAUAUAGGCCAUUCAAAUGGGGCAAGUUUAUUAUCCGGAGAAUGAACAGCAAUUUCAAGAAACAAAAUGAGGAGAUCCUUCGAAUUUAUCAUUAUAAGCUAGCUUGAAGG